AUGGAUGUCUGGUCGACGCCGAUGGAGAGACGGAUGCUGGGGGGCAGAGGUGGGUCGAAGAUCUGUGGAGCAGUUAGCGGGCAAGGAGAGGGGCACAUACAUGGCUGGGAGCACAGUGAGCUGGGUCGGGCUCGGAGAAGGAGGCGGCGGGCAGGCGGAGGAUGCGCCGUGCAGACUGGGUCUGGAGCAGCCAGUGGGCGGCAAGCUAUGGCGGUAAGCAGGCGGGCUGGCAGAGGAGGAGAGACGUGUUGUGCUGAGGUAAUGUCGGCGGGGGCAUUCAGGUGCUGGACUGAGAGCGGGAGAGAGCGGAAAAUAGGGUUUAGGGAGUCUGUGCAAAAACGCUUAAACGGGCGACCAGCGGCACUUGAAGCAAACCGUAUGUCUCCGUUAGAAUUUCGCGGGGGCCCUUUGGAGAAAGGUCUGUACAGAGGACAUGUGUGGCUACCAAGGAGUGCACGGGUUCUUAUGGGUUUUGGCGCCUGGGCAUUGCGUGCCUUGCCGCCAGACACAUUUGGCCGUGUCUAUGCAGAGUGGAUGGAUGCAUACCGUCUGAGCCCGGAUACACGUGGAACGGUAAGGGGUGGGCAGAAGGACAGCACUGGAGCACAAAAGCAAGCAGAGAGAGAGGCAAGCAGAGAGACAAACGUUGGGUGCGUUCUGGCAUUUCCGGAUGUGCCUGUAUACGUGCAGGAGUGCUGUUUUUAUGCAUGA